GUUUCCUCCCUUGAGUAAUCAAACAAGUUUGACAGGUGCCACGAAAAAACCUGUAAUAUCUGAAAUAAACUGGCAUAUCCAAUAUUCACCUGUAAGAGACUUCAGCAACUACAUAGAAAAUUCCAUCAUCAGACCAUUAUUAGCAAAUCUGUAGACAAGCUGAAGACAGAAUCUUUCUGAAGGCACAGAGCAGGCAUCUGAAUUAUUCUGGAAAAGGCCAGUUUAGAGUAACCUUGAAUAGCUGGAAGUCAACAGCAGACGUCUGAAUAGUUAUACAAAAGUCCAACAAUACUUUUGUUCCAGAAUAUAAUUGAUUGCACUGAACCGAUAUACAAUAUUAAAGUAAUAUUCCCUUGUUUUGUGGAAUGCUUUGUCAUAAUGAAAAUAAGAGAAUUAGAAGAUCUAAUAUUGUGAUAAUUGGACACAUCUGAGACUCAAUCGGUUGUUUUUGCUAAUGGCUGUUUUGCUGCAGACGUAUUUAUAAAAUUAUAAAUAUUCAUCAAAAUAGUUGGUGAGAGAAACUGAUAUUAAUUAUCACAAAUUGAUUGAGAAUUCUAGCAACAUUGUCAUGAAAACAACCAAAUAUAUCCAGAUUUCUCCAGUUUGAAAGGAAAAAAUAUUCCAUUGACAAACUUUUGAGGUCAGAAUAGUCUAAGAACAUUUUCUAUGUCUGCAUAAUAUUCCAUCCAUUCUCAUCCUAUAUAAUUCAGUGUUAAAUUGUCCUUUAUUAUUGGUGCCUAGAAGUUUUACUUGAGUGAUAGGUUGUUAAAAACUUAUGGACCAUAAUCCAGUUAAAACUGAUUACGUUUUUGGAAAUAGUGGGUAACAUAGUUAAAGAAUUAUGUAAAACCACAAAUUACAGACUAGUUCCACAAGUUAACAAAAAUUACACUUAUAAGGGUAUUGUCUAUCCUAGAAACUAGCAAAACAGAGUGUGUUCCAAUCAACAGUUAGUGUGAAAAAUGACAGACAGAUUUACUGUAACGCGGGCGUCAGAAGAACAGCCAAUUGGAGAAACAGGUCGAACGGACACGUAUGGAGCUGCAGCAAUACAGUUCAGCGACAGCGACUCCAAAGUGGGGCAGUAUAAAAAACUCAAGGGAGAAGAUGGCGGCAGUCGGCUUGCGGACCAGGAACCCUUUGCAGUGGCAGAUGAGCUUACAAGUUCAGACUACUCCAAUCAGAUGGCCCUUUAUGAGGAUGACAUACACCACCAAGGUCGUAUUUCCACACUUCUCAACCGGCUCGCCAACUACCAUGCGGGCAUCGAGCCCAACACCAGCGAAAAGAAAAAGACACAGGCUAAGGCUCGACUGGGAACGUUGCUCGGUGUGUACCUUCCAUGUAUCCAGAACAUCUUCGGAGUUCUGCUGUUUAUCCGUAUGACGUGGAUUGUUGGAAUGGCCGGCGCCUUGGAAGGAUUCUUCAUUGUCUUUGUCUGCUGCUCAUGUACAAUGUUGACAGCAAUAUCCAUGAGUGCCAUUGCAACCAAUGGCGUUGUUCCAGCGGGCGGGUCAUACUUUAUGAUUUCACGCGCCCUUGGGCCCGAAUUCGGAGGUGCUGUGGGAGUUUUAUUCUAUCUUGGUACAACAGUAGCGUCAUCGAUGUACAUUAUUGGGGCCAUAGAGAUUCUAGUGACGUACAUGAAUCGAAGUUUCUCGAUAUUUGGAGAUGUGGGAGAUCAGAGCAACGCAUUAAACAACUACCGUGUGUAUGGCACCGCGGUCCUACUACUGUUGGGUGUGAUCGUGUUUAUCGGGGUGGCGUUUGUUAGCAAGUUUGCCACUUUAUCGCUUGCUUGUGUGAUUCUCUCCAUAUUUUCUAUAUACAUUGGAAUAUUUGUGGCAAAUCAAGACAACAGCGUUGUCUUAUGUUACCUUGGUGAUCGCUUACUGACAUCGGCCUCUGUUACAUUGGAUGGAGAAAUGAUGUGUAUAAAGAACGAAACAGCUCCGAUCUACCACAAAUAUUGUCACCUUGUCGGAAAUGAAACAGAAUGUGAUCCGUACUUUACUGCUAAUGAGAUGUACACAAAGUCUGGAAUUCCAGGACUCGCAAGCGGUGUCUUUAAUAGAAAUGUUCAUAACUCUUACACAGUGAAAGGAGACAUUAUUGGAAUGCGAACAGAGGGAAAUCGUGACCACGGAGAAAUUGUGGCCGAUAUCACGUCUUCAUUUGUUGUCCUGCUUGCUAUUUAUUUCCCAUCUUGUACAGGUAUAAUGGCAGGAUCCAACCGGUCUGGUGAUCUGGAAGACGCUCAGAAAUCCAUUCCUGUAGGAACCAUUGCAGCCAUAGUAACCACUAGUCUUGUCUAUAUUACAUGUACACUUUUUUUUGCUGGAACUAUAGAGGGAGAUCUACUUAGAGACAAGCUCGGAGAAAGUAUAAAUGGUGGUCUUGUGAUAGCGUACCUUGCGUGGCCAACAAGAUGGGUGAUUCUCAUUGGUUCGUUUCUGUCAACAGUUGGAGCAGGCUUACAAUCUCUCACAGGAGCUCCAAGAUUACUCCAAGCCAUUGCGAUGGAUGGAGUCAUUCCGGUUCUCAAUUUCUUUUCCGUGACAACAAAGCGCGGAGAGCCAUUUAGAGCUCUGCUCCUGACUCUUGCUAUCUCGGAGAUUGGCAUUCUCAUAGCUAACUUGGAUCUGGUUGCACCUGUUAUUACAAUGUUUUUCCUGAUGUGUUACGGGUUUGUGAACAUGGCUUGUGCCCUGCAGACACUUAUAAGAACCCCAAGCUGGAGACCAAGGUUCCGAUUCUACCACUGGACAUUGUCAUUACUGGGCCUGGCGUUGUGUGUGUGCCUGAUGUUCAUUUCUAGCUGGUACUACGCCCUAACAGCCAUUGCCGUCGCUGUCUGUAUAUACAAGUACAUCGAAUACAAGGGUGCUGAGAAAGAGUGGGGAGAUGGUAUCCGGGGUCUGGCCAUGUCUGCCGCCCGCUACUCUCUUCUGAGGGUUCAACAGGGGCCACCACAUACCAAAAACUGGAGACCGCAGUUGCUUGUGUUGUUCAAACUUGAUGAGAAUCUCCAGGCAAAAUAUCCCAAGAUGGUCGAGUUUGCCACUCAAUUGAAAGCAGGUAAGGGGCUGACCCUGGUCACGAGUGUUCUCGAGGGAAAGUGGAAGGAGAGAUAUGCUGAUGCUCAGGCUGCCAGACAGAACCUACAAAAGGUCAUUGACAGCACGGGAGUGAAAGGAUUCGCCGAUGUGAUCGUGUCGGAAAGCGUUACCGGUGGACUGUGUCAUCUGGUGCAGAACUCUGGUCUUGGAGGGCUACGCCACAAUACAGUUGUGCUGGGAUGGCCAUACGGCUGGAGACACAAUGUGGAUGAACGCAGCUACAAAGUCUUCAUAGACACCAUUAACAACGUUGGUGCUGGUCAGAUGGCGUUGUUGGUGAUCAAAGGUACCAACACCUUUCCCAGUAGUCACGAGAAGUUGAAAGGCACUAUUGACAUAUGGUGGAUCGUACAUGACGGAGGGCUGCUCAUGUUGUUGCCGUUUUUAUUGAAACAGCACAAAACGUGGAGAAACUGCAAUCUUCGCAUUUUUACUGUAGCACAACUGGAAGACAACACUAUACAAAUGAAGGCAGAUCUACAGAAGUUCAUGUACCAGUUGAGAAUACAUGCUGAUGUUGAAGUCGUGGAAAUGGCUGACAGUGACAUCACUGCGUACACAUAUGAGCGUACAUUGAUGAUGGAACAACGUACAGAGAUGCUGAAGAACAUGAGGAUCGGCAAAAUGCCUCAGCCACAGACCAUAGUAGACAGGAGUCAUGAGGCUGCUACUGCCGUCAAUGAUGUUAAAGUCAAUCUGGACACAGUCACCGAAGAAUCAGUCACCGAGGACGAGACACUGUCAGACCGUAACCAGUUUACAUUUACACCCAAUUUCCGUAACCAGGGUGUAUCAAUUGCACAUAUGGCAUCUACCAUCAAUAAAAACCUUCUUGAAAUCAAACCAGACCAGAAGAAUGUACGCCGGAUGCACACGGCGGUUCGUCUCAAUGAAGUGAUCAUCCAGAAAUCCCAUGAGGCCAAACUUGUCAUUCUCAAUCUGCCUGCUCCACCAAAACACGAGGCCGGAGAACUAAACUAUAUGGAGUUUCUUGAAGUACUCACUGAAGGUCUGGACAAUGUUCUCAUGGUGCGCGGGAGUGGAAGUGAGGUCAUCACUAUAUAUUCAUAAUGAUGAUGUCAUCAGUUUGUGUGUACUCUCUGAUGUCAACACUUCAUGUGUACAAUGUUUAUUGAUAUCAUCUUGAGUGCUGUAAAGCUUAUUGUGAGUGACUUAAGAUGAACGAAAUACCCUUAUAUUUUAUAUAGCUAGACCUGACAAUCGUGGAAGUAAAUAUUUUAGUGAUGACACCAUUUUUAUUAUUGAUACUGCAUUGAAACCAUGAGUUUAUGUGUUCAUUACUGUAAGAUUGGUUUUUCCCGUAAAAUUUAUAACUAGUUGCUAAACUUAACAUUGUGUUCAUGCUAGAUGAUUUUGUCUUUAUUGAAAUACAGUGAAUCAAAAUAUUUUCUCUAAAAUGAGAACAGAAUUUUGAGGCAAAAUGUCAUCAUGAUUUGCUCAUGAAUGAUGAUGUCAUCAUUUUAUGGGUACACAUUUGCAGAUAUGAGCAGUAAUUCCAUAGAACUUGGUAAUAAUAAAGGAUUGAUUCUUUUUUGUUAUGAAACUUUACUUUUAGGCAGGAACCUUAGUGUUUAUGUAUGUUGAUUUGUUUAGAAAUUAUUUUGAACUGAUGAUUAGAUUUAAAAUGUACACGGUAGUGCUUCUUGAUGUAGGCCGAAAAGAAAACAUAUUUGUUGCAUGAUUUUUAUGUUGUGAUUUUUUUUUCUGUAUUUAUUUUUUAUUUUUUUUAAUUUACAUUGAUUGUCAAUGAAAUGCCAGGAACUACUCAUUUUUAUUGCAAAAUUAAUACGAGAUUCACAUUAUAUGCUCCAGCAUUUGAGAUAAAAUGACUUUUAUGACAAAUGUGCGUUCUAAAUUUGUUAACAGAAAUAAAAAAUUACAAUCAGUGGUUAAAAUAAAGACUUUGUCAGGCACCCAGUAAUAUCAAUAUCUUUUAAGAUUUUAGUUUAUCUUUUACAUUUUAUUUCCAUGUCAUAUUAUAUUGAGCCGAAUUUCGGCAAUAAAAUGAAAUUUUGUUACAUGACCGAAUGAACUUAUUGUUUGUACAUAAAGAUAAGAUAUUUUCAUGAAUGUUGUGUAUAGUUUUGCUAAGUCAUUUCCAGGGGUGUUGAGGCUUACAUGGUAGUUAUUUUGACCUCCAUUUUAUUGUGAUAGUUACUAGCUUAUAAAGCUAUUUAUGGUCGCUUUGACCAUAAAUUUGUUGUGUAGAAAUACGUGUAUGAAUUUGUUGUAGUGCUUUUGCAUGGAGUUUUAUAUUAAAGUUGCAGUAAGGCAAUUAUAUAUUUAGUUAUUACUAUAUAUUAUAUUUCAUUUGCAUAUGAAUUAUUCACAUGAAACAAAAACCCAUUUACGCAUACAUGACAUUUUCUUAAAUUAAUCAUUGUAGUUUUUUUUUUCUUUAAUCCCUAACUGUGAACAAUCUGAAGUAUUAAUACAAAUUAAUCAAAAUUUUAUUCAGUAGAGAAAAAAUGAUACAAAAAGCACAGAAGUUUGACAUAAAAAAAACAUCUGAGGAUGAGCUUCUUUUAUGUAAAACUUUUGUCCUUUCUGUAUAUUUUUUUUAAAUAGUUAUAUGAAUUUUUUUUUUAUUUAAAUGUACCACAAUCUUUUAUCUGGUCUGUUAUUUCGAAGAAUAAAACACAGGGUAUUGUGAUAGUCUUAAGGUUUUGUCAAUGUUAUGGUUUUGCCAAACCGUUAACUUUGGCCACAGCUCAAGAACUGUUCAACAUAUUCAACUCAAACUUGGUACACAUGUUGCCAGAGAAAAUAUACACACAAUUGUACAGCAAGGUCCUAUAACUCUGGCUUUGUAAACUUAAACUGUUGAAUAAUUCCCCUUUUUCAAAGGAUUAAAAACAAACAAGCGGGCACUAUUCUUUUAAAUCAAAAUAAAAGAAAUAAAAAAUUGACCCCCUGUACCAUAUAUUUAUAAAAUUUGGAUUAGAGCAUUAUUUUUAAUAGGUAUAUUUCUUUUAGUUUUUCAUUUGUAAUAUAGGUUGGCCUAAAUGUUGUUGUUUUUGCUAAAAUACCUAAAAAAAUAAAGACACUCAAAUAUAUGUUUUCAAUCAUCAAUUUAUUUUUCAUUCAACAAUUUAUUUCUUUACUUUUACAUGCAUUAUUUGUUCUAUAAAAUGCAUUUCACUCUAAAUUCAUGAGCAAGCGAUAAAAUGAAUUUAAUUGAGCUUAAAUAAAGGUAUUUUAAAGAGGUACUUAGUUGAAAGAUUCCAACUGAGGUAAUCAAACAUAGUUUUGAUGUUAAAUAAAUGGGCUUUAGGCUUUAAUGGAAGCAUAAUAUUAAAGGCGUGUUAAGAGAAAAACUAGUAUAUUUUCAUUGGCUUAGUAGUCAACCAGUAUAUCUGGACGCAUCCUUAAACUUGCUCUAAACCUCGUUACAUGUGUUCCACUGAGUGCAGGACUUUGUUUCUCUCCCAUACCAUGGCAAAGUCCCAUGGUCUAAUGUUCAUAGAGCACAGUUGUAUAUGAAAAAAUCAUGUGUGUUUAAUAUCAGUAACUUUAAUAUGUGUAGUUGUUUAACAAAAAGAAUUUCUGCUUUACAUUUUGACAUGUGGAUUUUCUUACUCUUUUGAAAGAAAUUUAUUGUUUGUUGGAUUUUUUUAUCAAUGGGAAUUUUAUGUAGGGUAAUAUACUUCCAAGUGCUUCUAAACUAAAGAGUUGCAUUGUAUUCUAGUUGGAUUUUCACCUUUUAUGGUAAAACAAUGUUCGCAAAGGACACUACAAGUUGUUUUUAGAAAUUGUAUCUGGAAUGAAAUGUGUUUAAGUAUUUGAUGUAUAAAUAAGAAAUGUGUUUUAUCGUUUCAUUUGCGGUGAUGUUAAAUCUUGUUGCUUGGUAACCAAAUGUAAUUUUGUGCUAUCAUAUGAAAGGGUAUUACUUGUUGACUACUUAUAUGUAAAAUAAACUACCUAACUUACAUAACAGAAAAAGACAUAGCAGUUUGUAAUAACUCUUGUUCUCAAUUUCAUCUAAAAUCAGGAUUGAAAUGUCCUUUUCAUCCAUCUUUCAAGAACAAAAAUACUUGUUUGUAAUAUUACUUUCGGUUUCAACUUUUCUUUUGAUUUUUUUUCUCUGUACACAAAACCCUUUCAAACGAUACCAAAAUGAUAUAGGGAGACCAGGCAUCCAAGUUUUUCAUAAGAUAGGCACAUAAAGCCUUUAAUAAAUGUUCAAAACUGGUCAUAUCACAUCAAAGCUAUAAUACACUUUUUGCUUGGUAGAUUUUAAUUUUUUUAUAUAUAUAUGGUGCUUCAAGUUUUGUUUAUGUUGCAUUUGUUUUGUAUUUCUCCUGAUAGCUUGUGUUAUAUGAAUAAUUUUGUAAUUUGGUUUUUACUAAAGGUUUCCUAAAUAUACAAAAUAGGUUGUUUUGUUACUUACAGGUGAUUUAUUGUACAUCCAAGUGUUGUAAAUUUUUUUAUUAAAUUUAAGUUUCAUGGUUGUAACAAAUUGAAAUACAUGUAGCAUCCACUAAUGCCAUUGGUUUUAUGAAGUGUGAGCAACAUUUAUAUAUUUAGGGGUUUGUUAUUGGGAACUUUGUAACAUGUUAGUUAUUGGGAACUUUGUAACAUUCUCAUCAUCGGAAUGCGUCUAGCAGUUUAAAACAUAAAAAAUGAAAUGAAAAUAUUUUGCCUACCUUAUUUUUACUUUUAAAUGUAUUUCUUGUGGUCUGUGAUAGAUUCACUUCUAACCUGUGCAAUUGUUCAUAUCUGUGUGUUCUGUAAAUUAAUACUGUUUUUUUUACAAAGUAAUUAGAGACAUAUAUUUUAUUAGACUUCUUAAAGUCUUAAAUCAAGAGAGACAGUAAGCAGAUAUUUAUAUACAUACUACUGUAGGUUGAACUAACUGUGAUGAAUGGAUUUGUGUCUUUACGGAAAUUUGAAAUUGUCAGUUUGCAGUUAUAUUCUCACAUUUCAUGUUUAACUUGUGAGGAUUUUUCAGUAAUGCUUAGCAUAGCUUUCCUGUAGUCCUUUUCACAGAUACCACCCGAGCUACAUUUUACCCCUCAUAGAUUAUGCUUGGAUACUUCAGCUAUUAAAUUGCUAUUGAAGCAAUCUGAGAAUGGCUAUUCUUUGUAUCAACUUGGUGCAAAUUUUGGUUUAAUUGUUAAUCUGGGAAAAGGUCUGUAGAAUAAUGUUCUAAUAGUCCCUAAUUUUAAUGCAAUCAAUUUUGUCUCUAAAAUUGAGAAAUAUCCAGUUGGCCAUUCUCUUUCACAGUAUAUAGUUUUGUAACAUACAUGUUCUACAGAAAUGGUCAUUAGAACACGAUUUAACUUUUGUGAUAUUUGUCUACUUGAUAAUGUGUGAAUUUAUAUCGCAUUGAGUGUUUAAUUUAUAAAUUUAAAAAAAAAGGAAGAGAUAAAACUCAUUAUUCACAUUUUUCAUCGAUAAUUUCAUCAGGGUUAUAGAUUAGUGAAUACCAGGAAGGCGGGCUUGUCCUUGACAGGUGUUCCGAUAUCACUCACAGUUUUGGAUCUUCAUGAGACUUGGACAGAAUAUUUGUCAUGAUGUAAUAACUCAAGUUUGAAUAUUGGUCAUCUCUGGUAAAACUAGGUCAAAUAUCAAGACAAAAUGUUUAUGUUAAAGCUUCUGAUUCCUUUCACAAAUUCAUCUAGUGGUCAUCUGGUCUUCAAGAAACUCAGUCUGAAUAUUUCUUAGCAUGAUAUUUACAAACAAUCUGAAUAAAAGUCUGCUAACGUCAAAAACCAGGUCAGACCAAUGUGAAACUAGGUCAGACCAGUGUGAAACUAGAACAGACCAAUACGAAACUAGGUCAAAUGAGUGUGAAUAUAGGUUAUCUCUUACUUUUCCUUUUGUCAAAAAAAAUGCUGCUGCGAAAUUGCAUUUUUCAAAAUUAAAAUCUGGCUUUAAUGUGGUUUCCGUUUUAACCGCUUAUUUACAUGUUCAAGAUCUGAAAUGUUCAGGUAAAUUCAAUAUUUUUUUUAGAUCCAAUCAGUUAUCUAAUAAUUUUCGCUUAAAAUGUGAUAAUAAUGAGCAUAUAUUUCACCAAAAUGGAUGUUAUAAAAUAUAAUUCAUUUUUUGUGGGUUCCUAAUUGUACAAUUUUAUGACAUGAAAAAUGAAAUUGAAAUUUUAGUAAGUGUUUUAACUGCCUUGAAAGGCUUUUAGGCAUAAUGUAUAAUAACCAAAAAAAUUGUAUUUUCUAGUCAUGCUGAAAUGAAUUAAUUAUUACUUAAUAUUAUUAUUAUGUUAUAAUAAAACAUGUCGAAUAAUGUCAAAUCGGGUUGUAGCCUUGGUUUUAUUCAAAAAUCCAUGCACAGUUAUAUGACAACUGCCAUUGUUUUGAUAUGGGGAGGUUUAUCAGUUUAAUAUGCAUGCUUUUAGUAGCUUCUCAUAUUUUGUUUAGGUAUUGUGAUAGCCGAAAAACAAAACAAAGGUUAGAUAUAUUGAUAGCCUUGGUGUUUUCAAUAUCGUUGUCGUUGUUGUUAAAAAACUGAAAUGUUUGCCAUAACUCAAAAAAUGUUAAAAAUAUUCAAAUAAAGCAUGUAACAUAUGUUGCUAAGGGCAAUAAACACAUGUAAAGGAAGGCCAAUAACUCUUGCUUCAAGAAUAGUUCAGAAUUACCCCUUGUGCAACUGAAAAAAACAGAACAGCAUUGACGUCCACUCCACAGCACUGUUGUUUAUUUAUGUACAUUAAUUUUCGGUUUGUUAUUGUAGUGAUAAAAUCUCAUAUGUAACAAACCAGUUUUCAUAUUUCAUUUAUAUGUUACCAUGUCAGUUUUGCUUGAUAUAAGUGUUCAUUUAUUUUAUCUAUCUAUUAGCUUUUUUUCUUGAAUGCUUGUCAUUCAAGGUGAAGAGUUUUCACAAUCAUUGAAUUACAUUGUAUUAUAUAAUUGUAAGGUUGUAUCACAGAAAAAAGAACUUGUGGCUAAUUUGGGGUAAUUUUUACAGCUGAUGAAAUACCUCCCAUAAUGCAUUGUUAAAUUUUAGAUUUUUCUAUAAAUAUAUUAUAAGGUUUUGUUGUUUUGUUUUUCGAAGAAAAACUUGAGUUAAGUUAUUGUGGCCUUGGUAUCAACUACGUCAUUGUUGUGCAAAUACUCUGACUUUAAGCCUUAACUCAAAGAAAACAAAAUAUUCUGGAGCAUCACAUGACACUUUGUAUAAACGUAACCAGUGCAGAGGUCAAAUUGUUGGAUUAUGCCCAAGGUUGACUGAGAAAAGCAGACAAGGGUUAGCCUCCGCUAACAGUGCUCUUGUUUUGAUACUGACGCAAAAGACAAUGGAUUAAAUUGAUGUACUCUUAUGAACAGAAACCGGUUAAAUAUGUUGCUAAGUUUAUGCUGAACAAUUCAAGUGCUUUGUGUUGUCAAACCUUGCCAAUUAGAUCAGUUAAAUUCAUGCUGUAUACAUCUUUGUGCAAUGGUCAUGAAACUUAUAACAAUUUUGAACGUUCAACAUGAAGAAAGGCAGUGUAAUAGUUAUCAAUGUAAAUAUCUUUUGAAAGCUUCCAGUUGCUUGUAUUUAUUAUCCGUAGCUUCCAUUGUAAAAUGUGUAAAGAAAAUACUUGAAAGCCAUAGUUACAUAUUUUGAAAUGAUUAUGAAAUGUUAUGUUUGAUUGUACAGCCACAUGACCUAUCAUGACAACCAUUUAUGUACCAUGUUUUGUAGACGUUUUGUAAUUAAAUUGUCGUAGCAAC